AUGAAUCGAAGACCACCUGGUUUGUUCAUUAUACCAGUGUUGGCUGGUAUACUCACUUCGUAUUAUGCUUGGAGGCCAUACAUUGAAGAGAAACAGGCAGAAGCAGCUAAAAAAGCAUUUGAUCCACUCAAUGAAAAUGGUAAUACGAACACCACAACAACAUCGGAGGCACCGAAACGAACAAAGAGAACCAUUCCGAGCACUCGGACUGUGAAUGCUCAAAAUUCUGAAUUACAAUCAUCAUCUGUGGAGGUAACAAACAAAGAGGAAUCAUCGUAG